CGAAUAUGGAAACAUCACACAUUUUCUGGUCCCUAAUUCUAGUCAUAUUCUCAACUUUCUGUCUUUCUCUUCAUCACAAGCUCAAGAGUACUAAUGUUAAUAGAAACAAGUCCUCCAGCACAGCUAGCGCAGAUGAAGAACAGCUCCGGCUUCCUCCAGGAAGAACUGGAUUUCCUCUCAUCGGCGAAACUUUGGAUUAUUACUUGAAUUCUCGAAAAGGGACUCACUUUAAGUUCGUAAUGGAUCGAAUGGAGGAAUUCUCAACCAAGAUUUUCAGGACAUCGUUGCUUGGACAGAAAAUGGUGAUACUUGGUACUGUCGAAGGAAACAAGUUUCUGUUUUCGAACGAGAACAGUUUGUUUCAAGUAUGGUGGCCUAAAAUGACUGACAAGAUCUUCCCAAAGUCCGAUGAUCAGCCUACGCAGGUGCAUGCGAAAAGGCUUCGCUAUAUGAUCUCGCCAUUGAUUCAGAAAGUCGAUGGACUUCGCGAAUGCAUUGGGAUCAUGGAUGAUGUAAUGAAACGACAUCUGGAAAUAUAUUGGAAAGGCAAAGAUGAGGUGAAAGCCGCGGCAUUGGUAAAGAAAUACACAUUGUCUUUGGGAUGCAAUAUUUUCUUAGGCAUCAAUGACCAAAACGAAAUCGAUGAAAUUGUGACGGGAAUUGAUGAUAUAGAAGCAGCAUUUUUCGCAGUGCCAAUCAACCUGCCAGGUACAACAUUGAGUCGUGGACUCAAAGCUUCUAAAGUUAUGCGUUCAAAAAUUGAGGCAAUCAUUAGGCACAAAAGGAUCCAUCUUGGGUCAAAGAAGGAUUCUGUUCCAGUACAAACAAUCGUGAAGGACUUCAUCUCACACAUGCUUUCUUUCGAAGAUGAGAAUGGCCAACUCCUAAAGGAAGAAGACAUUGCCAGCCAUUUGGUUGGUUUAAUUGAGGUUGGCUAUACAUAUCUCCACUCCACACUUACAAUGCUCAUUAAGAUCCUUGCUGACCAUCCUCAAGUGUAUGAUUCCGUCCUCAAAGAACAAAAAGAAAUAGCAAGUUCAAAGGAUUCAAGUGGCAGACUUAAAUGGGAGGACUUCAGGAAGAUGAAAUAUUCAUGGAAUGUUAUUUGCGAAGUAUUUCGACUAUGCUCACCAGGGGUUGGCGGUUUUAGAGAAACUCUUACUGAUGUAAAGUAUGACGGGUACACUAUUCCAAAAGGCUGGAAGGUUCACUGGCUUUUACAUUCAACGCAUGGUAAUCCUGAAUAUUUUCAAGAACCUGAAAAGUUUGAUCCAUCAAGGUUCGAGGGAGAUGGCCCGAGUCCUUACACAUUUAUUCCUUUUGGUGGAGGAUCACGAAUGUGUCCUGGAAAUGAAUAUGCAAGGCUUGCAAUACUGAGUUUUGUGCAUUACCUUGUGAAUGACUACAAGUGGGAACAAAUCAUUCCAAAUGAAAAAAUUUCAUAUUUUCCGGUUCAAGUUCCAGUUCAAGGGCUUCCUAUUCGCCUCUAUCAUCACAAAUCAAACUUGAAAUAG